AUGGCACUGAUCGGACAAUCGCCAACUUCUUCGACAUACAGCCUCUCCGUUUAUGAGAGAAGGGGAUCGCUGAUCUACACAUUAGCCAUCUCGGCAUAUGUGCUUCCGAACGAUGAAAAGGCUAUUCGAAGGGAAAUAAUGAAGAAUGGGCCUGUGCAAGCAGCAUAUUUCACAUACGAAGACUUCAAACUUUAUGAUGGUGGAAUUUAUGUUCAAAAAGCCGGAAGUGGAACUGGUGGACACGCAGUGAAAAUCAUUGGAUGGGGAGAGGAUAAAGGAGUGAAGUACUGGCUCAAUGCUAAUUCGUGGAACGUCAACUGGGCAGCGCAAGUGUUCAUGACGCUGAUAAUUUUUUCAUUACUUGUCUUAACAGCAGCAGCUAAAGAACAGAAGUCUGUGGGUCCACAAAAGGCUGGAAAGCUCAGAGGUUCAGCCCUCUUCGAAUAUCUAAAGAAGCAUCAAACAAUGUUCCAGGUAGAAGACAACCCAAAAACAAAAGAACGUAUGAAGUACUUGAUGGAUCCGAAAUACUUGGUGCCUGCCGACAAGAGAAGUGGAGUAGGCGCCGAACUCGAUGAAAGCAGAACAAACAUCGAACUCGAUGAAGAACCUCCGGAUAGGUUUGAUGCAAGACAAAAAUGGCCUGAAUGCUUUACUAUUGGAUACAUCCGAGAUCAGUCAAAUUGUGGUUCAUGUUGGGCAGUCUCAGCCGCAGAAACAAUGAGCGAUCGAUUGUGUAUACAAUCAAAAGGCAGAGUAAAGCGUCAUCUUUCCGAUACAGAUCUUCUUUCGUGUUGUACAUCGUGUGGGACGGGUUGUGAAGGAGGCUUUCCGCUUGAAGCGUGGAGAUAUGUAAUCAUCAACGGGAUCUGCACUGGAGGACGAUAUAGACAGAAGGGUGUUUGCAAACCUUACACUUUCCAUCCAUGUGAUUACCAUGAGAAUCAAACGUAUUAUGGCGACUGUCCUGAACAUAUUUGGCAAACACCAAAAUGCGAGAAGAGCUGUCAACGCGGAUACCCUGUUCCUUUCAAGAAGGAUAAGUACUAUGGACUCUCCGUAUAUGACGUUCCAAGUGAUGAAAAAUCCAUUCGAAGGGAGAUUAUGAAAUUCGGACCAGUUCAAGCCAGUUACUUUGUUUUUGAGGAUUUCCAGUACUACAAAAAUGGAAUAUAUGAGCAUACGGAGGGGGACUUUGUUGGAGGUCACUCUAUAAAGAUUAUAGGAUGGGGUGUGGAGAACGGCACAAACUACUGGCUAAUUGCUAACUCCUGGAAUACUGACUGGGGAGAGAACGGCUAUUUCCGCAUGGUUCGGGGUAAAAACGAUUGUCUGUUGGAGUCAAUGGUUUAUGCAGGAUUGAUGAUGGUUUAG